CUGAUUGGUGGAGGCGGGGGGGCGGGGCUCUGCGGUCCCGUGGGGCGGCGCGGCGCAUGGAGUUCCCGGGGUCCCUGUUCCCCGCCUUCUGCAGCGCCGGGCCCCCCCGCGACCCCCCCGGCCCCGGCCCCGCCCCGCUCGCGGGCUGGGGGGGCUACGGGCACGUGCAGGGGCCCGGCCCGAGCCAGCCCCAGGAGAGAUUUAUUCCGCUUCACAGCAAGAAGGGCGAGAGCUGGGCCCCUGCCGAGGCGUGUUCAGUGCCCUUCCUGCCCCCCAACGCGAGCUGCCGUGUCCCCACGCUGACACCCCACGACAUCCUCUACGUGGGGCAGAUUCAAAGGAAGCAGCAGGCCAGCAAGACUGGGGGGGCUGCACUGGACUUCACAGGGCAGCUGGCUCGCUUCUUCCUGGAUCACCCCGAGGAGGCCUUCGGCGCCAUGGGGCGGCUUCUUCAGGAGAACUUCUACCUGGGGGAGGCGCGGCUGCGGAGCAAGGCGCGGGAAAACGCCAUCUCGGUGAAGACCCUGGUGCAGGAGCUUGGCCGCAGGGAGGGCAGGCGUCACUGCCCCCAGAUCCAGCCCAGCCCGCGGCUGCGCUGGUUGUCCUGCCUGUCCCGGGACUGGCUGUUCGAGGUGCCCCCGGGCCUGCUGGCCGAGUGCGUCCACGAGGAGCUGGCGCUGCAGUGGGCGAAGCUGCUGUUCGACGACGCCCCGACUGGGGGGGCGCUGGCCUGGCUCCCCACUGAGGACAUGGCUCCUGCCCCCAGCGGCUGCCUGGUCCACCCAGGAGGGGAGGCCAUGAACCUCCUCUGUUUCCAGGAGGUGGCUCUGGAGCAGGUGGCCGGUGCCCUGCAGCCCCGUGCCCGCGGCCGCCCCGCGCAGUUCGAGCUCAGGGGCCGGAUCCGCCAGGUGGCUGCCGCGCAGGUGGCCGGGGAAGCCCUCGUCGGCGUUCGCUCGGAUCAUCACUGUGGUGCCUGGCGACUUCAGGCCGGCGCCGCCCCUGUCCCGCUCCAGGUCAUUCGCACCGACGCGCCCGCCUCCUGCCUCACCGUCAGCCCCCACCUCCCCGGGGAGCUGUCCGUCUGCACCCUCAGUGGGGCCGUGUACCUCUGGAACGUCGAGACUGGGUAAGGGGGGCCAAGGGCUGGGGCCCUGGGAAGGGGGGGCAGCGCAGGCACCUGGGAGCCGGAGAGCGGGCAUGGGUGAGGGAGGGUGCUCCCGGGUGGGGAGUGGCUGUGGCUCUUCCUAACCACUAUGAAGCCUGGUGCUGGGAGCUGCAUAUCCCCCUCCCCCCGCAAACAGGCAGGGACCGGCCCAGGCAGGGCGCACCAUGCCCUGCGCUGUCCCCCGCCCAUGUGAGGUGCUGAUCGCUCUGCCCAGGUGUGACGGUGCUGCCCGUGGGAGCCCACUGACGUCACUCAAUUAGGGUGAACUGCAAACAAAACGGGGCAGACAAACCCCAAACACUGGUGGUUAUUCCAAUACUUAGA